AUGCAGCUGCAUGAAGAGAUUCUUCUAAAGGAAGGUUAUGCCCGCCAACUGAGUGAGGCUCAAGUGUCAUUGUCUGAGGAAAAGAUGAAAUUUGAUGCACAACUAAAAGUGAAAGAAGCUAGUCUCGAGCAAUCCAGUGAGCGUAUUUUAGAGGUGGAGACUCUUUUGCAGAAAAAACAAGAUUACAAACCAUCUGAAGAACCGGCUAAACAAAGUUUAGAGGCACAAACUGAGGAAUGGGCAACUAAAAGCUCAGAGAAACUGUCUGAGACACAUUUGGAGAAACCCAAACUGGUACAGGUUGAAGCACAGGUUGAGGAUAUUGUUCCUACAGAGGAACUGAUAGUUACACAUACUGUACCAAGUAGUGAAGCCACUGGUGCAAGUGAGGAGAGACCAGUGAUUGCAAAGAAGAUAAGGAAGGAGGUAGAAGCAUUCGCUAAGCAGGAAGGAUUUACAAAAGAGCAGAUAGAAGCAACUAGGGCAAAGCAUGCAAUAGAGAAAGGUGAAGCAUCUAGUGUACCUAUCGGUACCCCUACCAGUACCCUUACCCAUAAGACUAGAGCUGCAAAAGCCAAAGCAACAGAAAAGAAGAUGGAAGAAGAGAUCACAAAGAAAACGGUUGAAUCACAAAGAGAAGAAAGUGAAGAGGAAAUUAAACAAAUAAGGGUUAAUGCAAAAGCAUCAUUUAGAUCCAAAAAGAGAUUAACAAGAAUGUUAAUAGGAGAGACCGAAUCAGUCCAGAAGGAAACUAAGAUGUUAAUCAAGAAGGCUUUAGGUCUCAUCCUAGAUGAAGAAGAGGAAAAACAAAUUGAGGAAGAUAGUUCUAAAAAGCUAAAGGUAGAAGAACUUCCUAAAGGUGUUAAGAUCAUAUAUUUUGAACUGGAUGACAAGUAUAUGUAUGAUGAUCCUAUUGAUACUGAACUAAUAUUCAUUCCUAAUUAUAACACCAGAGACAAUGUUGAUACUACUAUUGGUAAUAUAGAUGUAUUUGAUGUUGAUGUUCAUAUGUUUGAACAACAUGAGAAGUAA